UCUCGAAAAUAAUGGAUGCAUUUCUCUUUUACGUAUUCAUAUUUCUUCUUACUCUGUUCUUCUCUCAUUUCCUAAUAACCAAAUUCACAUCCAACAAUGGAUCCAAAAACCGAUCAUCAGCCAAGCUUCCUCCUGGCUCAAUGGGUUGGCCUUACAUAGGCGAGACUCUUCAACUCUAUUCUCAAGACCCAAACACUUUCUUUGCCUCCAAACAGAAAAGGUACGGGGAUAUUUUUAAGACCCAUAUUCUGGGGUGCCCAAGUGUGAUGCUGGCGAGUCCAGAGGCAGCAAAGUUCGUGUUGGUGACAGAAGCUCACCUAUUCAAGCCCACUUACCCCAAAAGCAAGGAACGUUUAAUUGGGCCAUCGGCCUUGUUCUUCCACCAAGGCGAUUACCAUGUUCGCUUAAGGAAGCUUGUUCAGAGCUCUCUUUCCCUCGACGCCAUUAAAAAUUUGGUUGCUGAUAUUGAAGCCGCAGCUGUCUCUGCUUCCACUUCAUGGGUCAACGGUCAAGUUAUAAACACCUUUCACGAAAUGAAAAAGUUAUCUUUCGAUGUUGGUAUACUAUCAAUAUUUGGUCAUUUGGAGGCACGUGUGACAAAAGAGCUUAAAGAGAAUUACAGUAUAGUAGACAAAGGCUACAACUCCUUCCCUAACAAUAUUCCAGGAACUUCUUACAAGAAAGCCCUGUUGGCAAGGAAAAAGCUAAGUAAGAUUUUGAGUGAUAUUAUUUGGGAGAGGAAAGAGAAGAAAGUGGUAAAUAUAAAAAAUGAUGAUCUAGUGGAUUGCUUUUUGAAUUCUAAAGACGAGAAAGGAGAGGUUUUAAGCAAUGAUCAGAUUGCUGAUAACAUAAUAGGAGUGCUUUUUGCUGCUCAAGACACUACAGCUAGCGUCAUGACCUGGAUUCUCAAGUUUCUACAUGAUGAACCCAAGCUUCUAGAGGCUGUCAAGGCUGAACAGAAAGAAAUUCGCAGACUCAAUGAAGAAAAUAAACAGCGGUUGACUUGGACGCAGACUAGAAAUAUGCCCCUUACUUACAAGGUUGUAUUAGAGAGCUUGAGGAUUGCGAGCAUUAUAUCUUUCACUUUCAGAGAAGCUGUGGCUGAUGUUGAAUACAAGGGCUACUUGAUUCCUAAAGGUUGGAAGGUAAUGCCCUUGUUCAGGAACAUUCAUCAUAAUCCUGAAUUUUUCGAUCAACCUCAAAAAUUUGAUCCCUCUAGAUUUGAGGUGUCCCCAAAACCCAAUACAUUUAUGCCAUUUGGCACUGGUACACAUGCUUGCCCUGGAAAUGAACUAGCAAAGCUGGAAAUACUAAUUAUGCUCCACCAUUUGGUCAAUAACUUCAGGUGGGAAAUUGUGGGAUCUGAAAGCGGUGUUCAAUAUGGCCCAUUUCCAGUGCCUCAUAAAGGACUACCAGUCAGAGUUUGGAGAGAAUCUCUAUAGCUAGCUAGCUGCAACUGCAACCUCUCUCUCUUAAUCAACUAAAUAAAAACAAAAAUAAUAUUUAUUUACCAAUUUUUAUAAUUUCUUUAUUCAAAUUUUUAUUAAUUUAAAAAAAAAUCCAAUUAUGAUAUUUAAAGGACAAAAAGAUGCCAAUGUUUUAUUGUAUUUUUUAUUUUUUAAACUAAAAAUAUAUUC